GCCAUAGUUACCAUUCAUUCAUUCAUUCAUUGCUGGUUAACAAAGAGGAAGCUCCUUCUUUUUUGCAACUGAAAAACCAACUUGAUAUCACAACAAAAGCAUGGACCAUUACUUCUACCUCACACUCUUGCUCCUCUUCGUUUCCUCCAUAUCACUCUCUCUUUUCUCCCUCUUCUACAAGCACAGGUCACCGUUCACCGCCCCCAACCUGCCUCCAGGCAGGAUGGGGUUCCCAGUGAUCGGUGAGAGCCUCGAGUUCCUGUCCACGGGAUGGAAUGGGCACCCGGAGAAGUUCAUCUUCGACCGAAUGACCAAGUACUGCUCGCACAUCUUCAAAACCUCCAUCGUCGGGGAACCGGCCGUGGUGUUCUGUGGGCCUGCGUGUAACAAGUUCUUGUUCUCAAACGAGAACAAGCUUGUCACAGCGUGGUGGCCCAACAGUGUAAACAAGGUCUUCCCCUCAUCACUCCAAACGAGCUCCAAGGAAGAGUCGAAGAAGAUGAGAAAGAUGCUCCCUCAGUUUCUGAAACCACAAGCUCUUCAACGCUACGUUGGUAUCAUGGACGACAUAGCGCAGAGACACUUUGAGUCCCAUUGGGAGAACAAGACUGAAGUCACCGUCUACCCAUUGACCAAAAGGUAUACCUUUUUGCUGGCUAGUCGUUUGUUCAUGAGCAUUGAGGAUGACACCCACGUAGCCAAAUUAAGGGACACUUUCCAUUUGUUAGCCUCCGGAAUCAUAUCGGUGCCGGUCGACUUGCCCGGAACUCCGUUCCGCAAGGCAAUUAACGCCUCCAACGUGAUCAGGAAGGAGCUGUUGAAGAUAAUAAGGCAGAGGAAGGUGGAUCUGAAUGAAGGGAAAGCGUCGCCAACACAGGACAUUUUGUCUCACAUGUUGUUGACGUGCAAUGAGAGUGGACAGUUCAUGAAUGAACUUGAUAUUGCUGAUAAGAUUCUUGGCCUCUUGAUCGGAGGACAUGACACUGCUAGUGCCACUUGCACUUUCAUUGUCAAGUACCUUGCCGAGCUCCCUCACAUUUAUGACAAGGUCUAUCAUGAGCAAAUGGAAAUUGCAAAACUUAAAUCCCCAGGAGAGUUGCUGAAUUGGGAUGAUGUGAACAAAAUGAGGUACUCUUGGAACGUAGCUUGUGAAGUAAUGAGGGUUGCCCCUCCACUCCAAGGAGGUUUCAGGGAAGCCCUCCAUGACUUUAUGUUCAACGGCUUCUCAAUUCCAAAGGGCUGGAAGCUGUAUUGGAGUGCAAAUUCAACUCAUAAGAGCCCAGAGUACUUCCCUGAGCCAGAGAAGUUUGAUCCAACCAGAUUCGAAGGAGAAGGACCAGCUCCUUACACAUUUGUCCCAUUCGGUGGAGGACCAAGAAUGUGUCCAGGAAAAGAGUACGCGCGUUUGGAAAUACUGGUUUUCAUGCACAAUUUAGUGAAAAGGUUCAAAUGGGAAAAGCUGAUUCCAGAUGAAAGAAUCAUCGUAGACCCUUUACCCAUUCCUGCAAAGGACCUCCCUGUUCGCCUUUUUCCUCACAAAUCCUGAAAAGACGGAUUCAAUUCAUUUCAAGAAACAUAAAAAACUCUUAUACAAGUUACACAAAUUAUAUAAGUGCAUUUUGUGUCUAUCACUUUAUUUGUUCUGUUUUAUUACAAAAUCACCCGGAUGUAGUCAUCAUUUCGAUGCUGGAAAAAAAAAACUUCAUCAUUUGAAUGUCGACUAUACUAAAUUUGGGAUUUAAUCACGGUUAAAGCUCUCCCUCCCUCCUCUAAAGUGUAUUGUGCGGUGAUCGAACUCAAUAGCUAUUCUCACCAACUUUAUUACUUUGUCAUCUUCUUUGUACUUAAAAAAUAAAAUAGUCACACACAGCUGCUUGUAACUUUAUAUGGUUUUUUUAUUUUCUUUGUGUUGUGUUAUACACAGAUAUAGCUAGAUGUAUAUCACAAAUGUUUUUGGAUCUUGUUUCUCCUCCUUUUACUUUGUAAUCUUUCUUGGGUUUGAGAUACAUCAAAUAAAAUAGUCACAACAUCUGUUACACCUUGUAA